AUGGAUCCGAGAACUAAUGUCACAGAGGAGGAUUUGAACCGUUUUAGGUAUUCUGUCUAUGAAAAUUUCAACAAAGUUCAAAAGCUUGAGGAGCAAAUUACUGAGGUUGAACAAUUCUACCGUUCCAUUAAUGAUCAAGUCAACAAUGUCAAAGACAAAGGCCGGGAAAAACAUGUUAUUGGCACUAAAAGGUCAAUGCAAGGUGCAUCAAGUAGGGAAACUAAUUCUUCAAAAACAAUGCAAGAGGUUAAGCGUCAGUUUUCUGUAAUAUUGCAUCAGAAAGCGUUAGUUUGUUUUGAUCUAACCAUGAUAAUUCAAUUUUUCUUUAAAACUGGGGACCCUGCACUUUGA